UUGAAAGUUUGAAACACACUUGUCUUUCUUUGUUCUUCAGAAGAUCAGAACAACCACCACCAUGAAAGUUCCUUGAAUCUUUGAUUCUUUGCAAAACCCUAACUGAACCCAUUUUCCCAUGCAAUUUCCCUCACUCAACUCAACUUCCUCUCUUUCUCAAAAAUGGGUUCUCUUGUUCCAUUUCAAGACCUCAAUCUCUUACCGUCGCCAGUUACUGCCGCCACUGCCACCACCUCUACCGCCGCCGCUUCUGCGCUCUUAACCCCCAAAAUCGAACCCAAAACCGAACCAUUGGACGAACCCAUCCAGAUUCAUCAACUUGAAUGCCCACAAAAUCACCCUGAACCAUUCUUUUCCAGUUCUACCCCUACAUUUUUGGCUAAUUCCGAAAAUACCCCAGCCUCUCAGUCUUCCGAUCAAGACAACGUCUACACCGAGUUCUUCCGAAUCUCCGAGCUCUUCCGUUCAGCUUUCAAUAAAAGGUUAGAGCAAUCCGGCGACGUCGAGGUCUUGGACCCUGAUUCUCGCGCUAUUGUGCCUGUAAACCAAGAAAACCAGCUGUCAAACGCGGUCGUUUCGCCGCGUCCGAGACCUCCGAGACGAUCUUCGGAGCUCGUCCGUGUUACGGAUUUGAACCUCGAAGAUGAGAGGUACUUUCGUGAUGUUGUAAGAAGAACAAGAAUGGUUUAUGAUUCUUUGCGCAUUUUCGCUGUUGAUGAAGACGAGAAAAGAAGAGGAGAAGGUCACGUGAAGCGGGCACGUGGCGAUUUAACCGCUUCUUCAGUGAUGAAAGAUCGCGGCUUGUGGCUUAAUCGCGAUAAAAGAAUCGUGGGGUCGAUCCCUGGUGUUCAAAUUGGUGACUUGUUCUUCUUUAGAAUGGAGUUGUGUGUUGUUGGAUUACAUGGUCAGCCUCAAGCUGGGAUUGAUUACCUGCCCGGAAGUCAGAGCUCGAAUGGAGAGCCUAUCGCGACGAGUGUCAUCGUUUCCGGCGGUUAUGAGGACGACGAAGAUGCAGGGGAUCUUAUAAUUUACACUGGACAUGGUGGACAAGAUAAAUUUAAUAAGCAGUGUGAACAUCAGAAGUUGGAAGGAGGGAAUCUUGCUUUGGAGAGGAGUAUGCAUUAUGGGAUUGAGGUAAGAGUCAUAAGAGGCAUUAAAUAUGAACGUAGUUUGAGUAGUAAAGUGUAUGUUUAUGAUGGCUUGUAUAAGAUUCUUGAUUGUUGGUUUGAUGUGGGUAAGUCUGGUUUUGGUGUUUACAAGUAUAAACUAGUAAGAAUUGAAGGGCAACCGGAAAUGGGUAGUUCGAUUUUGAGGUUUGCUGAGACUCUUAGGAGUAAGCCAUUAUCAGUGAGGCCAAUGGGUUAUCUUAGUCUGGACAUAUCGAAUAAGAAGGAGAAUGUGCCGGUUCUUUUGUUUAAUGAUAUUGAUAAGGAUCAUGAUCCUUUGUAUUAUGAGUAUCUCGCGAAGACUGUGUUUCCUCCAUUUGUGUUUAAUCAAGGGAGUAACGGUUCUGGAUGUGAUUGCAUUUUGGGUUGUACUGAUGGUUGCUUUUGUGCUUUGAAGAAUGGAGGUGAGUUUGCUUAUAAUGGUAAUGGUAGUCUCUUGAGAGGGAAGCCGGUAAUAUUUGAAUGUGGAGCGUUUUGUAAGUGUCCGCCAAGUUGUCGAAACCGUGUUUCUCAAAGAGGGUUGAGAAAUAGAUUGGAAGUGUUUAGGUCUAGGGAGACAGGUUGGGGAGUCAGGUCUUUGGACUUGAUACAUGCUGGUGCUUUUAUAUGUGAAUAUACUGGGGUUGUUCUAACGAUGGAGCAAGCACAGAUUAUUGCUAUGAAUGGUGAUAGUUUGAUUUAUCCGAAUCGCUUUUCUGCAAGGUGGACAGAGUGGGGGGAUUUGUCUCAGGUAUUUUCUGAUUAUAUGCGCCCGUCUUAUCCCUCUAUACCACCUCUCGAUUUUGCAAUGGAUGUAUCAAGAAUGCGAAAUGUUGCUUGUUAUAUUAGUCACAGUCCAACUCCAAAUGUGAUGAUUCAGUUUGUGUUGUAUGAUCACAAUAACUUGAUGUUCCCCCACCUUAUGCUUUUUGCAAUGGAGAACAUCCCUCCUUUGAGGGAGCUAAGUCUUGAUUAUGGGGUGGCCGAUGAGUGGACAGGGAAACUUUCUAUUUGCAACUGAAUCGUUUGUAGAGAUGUUACCAUUUUUGUUUGUCACAGCUCAACAUUGAGGACAUGAUGCAUUGAGAUGGAAACCGGAUAAUACAAGUACAAAAGCUUUUGCAGCAUGUUACUGCGAAAUUUUUGGGUCCUUAUCUUUUUUCUUGGAAAGUGGCGCUUUGGCUGUGGUAUUAGGUUAUCUUAUAGCUUUGACUCAUCAUCUAUACUGCUGCAUCUCUUCAUUCUCUUGCCAUGAGUUCAUUGUACUAAAGAUUCAUUGUUGCAGGAAAAGAAUGAUUGCAACUCCUGGCAAGAAAAAAAAAAAAAAAAA